UUCAUGUAACGCCACACUUUAAGGCCACCAUCUGUUUUCCAACAGCCUUCUUGAAAAGAUGCUGUUUGCCCUCAUGUCUGCACAUGUGGUGCCACAGCUUGCUAUUAUGUUGUUGCUGGUGACUUCGUCUAUGUCAGAAACAUGUGCUGGUAACAAGGGUUUUCCUGGAACACCAGGUAUUCCUGGCGUUCCUGGUACUGAUGGGAAGGAUGGUGCUAAAGGAGAAAAAGGAGAUCCAGGUGAGAAUGCAGUGCUGAUGACUGGGCCAAAAGGAGACCCUGGAAAACCUGGACUCCCAGGCAGGCCAGGUGUGAAGGGACCAGAGGGACCACAGGGUCCACCGGGGCCACCGGGACCAAAGGGACAGAGGGGAGUUUUAUCAGGAAAAGUUGCUCCAGACCAGUAUUUUGUUUUCUCUUACAAAAAAAGUCAGAAAUUAGAGAAGAUUCUUCAGGACAAAUUAGUUGUCUUUGACGUCCCAUUGAUCUCUGGGAUAGAUGGUGUUUUAGAUGGUGAGGGUUACUUUGAUGUGACAAUAACUGGCAUGUAUUACAUCAGCUACCAAAUUUCGUUCCAACAGUCUGCCUGUCUAAAGAUUCAGGUAGGGGCAGAAGAGAAGGUCAAGUUCUGCGAUUCACCUAAAUUAAUAUCAGGGACUGCAGCGUCUGUGGUUUUAAAAUUGAACAAAGGGGAUAAAGUGUCUGUGCAGAGCACUGGGGAAAGUACUGUGUUUAGUAGAGACACUGACUGCACUUUUACAGGCUUCAUGCUCUUCCCAAUUAAAUGAUAGUAUGAUUUUGAACUGUCACUCUGUUGUAUUUACCCACUUUCAGAUUGUAAUUAGCAAUCACUGCUUGAGAAUAUCCAAUUUUGCUUUUGAUUAAAACCACACAAUCAGA